CCUCCGUCUAUCAGUUGGAGAGGGCUCUCGCCUCGGGUGUGAGAUACGCGCUACUCUGUACCUUUUAUCCUGUAAAAGAUCCGAUCCCGGUCUCGAUUAUUGGCGUUUCUCAGUCCAGCCCUUCGCUUCCCAUUCGCGCACUGCCUAAAGUUGAGGACUUGAGACUUUCAGCACCACUUUUCCACGGACAGCGCUCGCUACGAUGCCGAGACACGGAUGCAGCCUCGACACGCGUGCGGAUUCCUGAUGGAUACUAAGUUACGAGGUUUCAGCGCUUUUCUCUAAAACAAAGGAACUCGUUUUUUUUUCUUGAACAGGAAAUCUUUGCCCCCAAAACAACAAAAAUAACGACAUUUUUCCGUGGAAGUGGGUCAUUUCUUAAAGGAUCCUCGUGGGGAGAAAGGCAGGGUGAAGCGCACGUGAGGGCUGGCAGACUGAAUAGAUCAGAAGGACACCCUUUUUUGUGCCAUUGUUACUCAUGGCAACCACAGCCUUGAGUCUUGCUUGAAUUGGCUCACGUACAAGAACAUUUUCUGUUCACUCUGAAGCCUGUGGACCUGAGACGGCCUGAGGGCUCUGACAUACACCAAAUCCCUGCCCAGGGGAACGGCGCAGAUUAAAAACUUCUGAUUGAGGUCGAGGGGAAAGAGACACAGAGAAGGAGGGAGAAAGAGGAAAAAAACCUGUCGUCCAUCUUUGUUCUUCCUAAUGUUCUAACUGAAAGAUCUCUAUAGGAAAGGAGACACAAAAGCAGCAGCCCACAACAGUGGUCAGAUGAUGGAGUGAUGGAGUAAAGGAGGAGAAGAGGAUUACGUCCUAUGAAAGAACCAAACUCAUAUUUUACUCUAAUUGAAGGCCGAGAUAAGAGAGGAGAGACAUGAGAGGAAACCUUUUCUCUGACAACUGCUUCACGAGGCAAUGCAAUUAACCCUCUGGCCUUCAUUAAAUAAUACCUGGCUUUUGUUGCUCUCUGAUUGCCGGUGUGGAUGUGUGCUCGGGCUGUGAUCAUGUUUCAGCCCGCAGCGCGUGCGCCGGAUCGGACCGGCUGUCACGGAAACAUCCGCACUUUGCUACUGCUGCUGCUUCUUUAUGGCUCCCUCAAGGCCUCUCAGGCUGCCAAGCCCAAAGGGCCAGGACAAGCGCACUUGAACUCCAUCCGCAUUGACGGAGACAUCUCCUUAGGUGGGCUAUUCCCAGUGCAUGCCAGGGGUCACGACGGGAAGCCUUGUGGGGAGCUGAAAAAGGAGAAGGGAAUUCAUAGACUAGAGGCGAUGCUCUUUGCCCUUGACCGCAUCAAUAAUGAUAAUAAUCUUCUGCCGAACAUCACUCUGGGAGCGCGGAUCCUAGACACCUGUUCCAGGGACACUCACGCCUUGGAGCAGUCACUCACCUUCGUGCAGGCUCUGAUUGAGAAGGAUGGGACGGACGUCAAAUGUCUCGGCGGGGGCCCGCCCAUCAUCACCAAACCCGAGAGAGUGGUGGGUGUGAUUGGAGCUUCCUCCAGCUCCGUUUCCAUCAUGGUGGCCAACAUCCUGCGCCUCUUUAAGAUACCCCAAGUGAGCUACGCCUCUACGGCCCCAGAACUCAGCGACAACACCCGCUACGACUUCUUCUCCCGUGUGGUGCCUCCAGACACGUAUCAGGCCCAGGCCAUGGUGGACAUUGUUAAGCACAUGCGCUGGAACUACGUCUCCACGGUGGCCUCGGAGGGAAACUAUGGAGAGAGCGGCGUCGAGGCUUUCAUUCUGAAGUCUCGGGAGGACGGCGGUGUGUGCAUCUCACAGUCAGUCAAAAUUCCCCGGGAGCCAAAACAGGGAGAGUUUGACAAGGUCAUCCGGAGACUCCGAGAAAAUCCAAAUGCAAGAGUCGUCAUACUUUUUGCCAAUGAAGACGAUAUAAGGCGGCUACUCCAGGCAGCAAAAAAGGCAAACCAGACCGGCCAUUUUAUCUGGGUGGGUUCAGACAGCUGGGGCUCAAAGAUCACUCCAGUUGUGCAGCAGGAGGAGAUGGCAGAGGGAGCAGUCACCAUCUUACCCAAACGCCAGACCAUCAAAGGGUUUGAUCGUUACUUCAUCAGCAGAACACUGGAAAACAACAGAAGGAAUAUCUGGUUUGCUGAGUUCUGGGAGAACAACUUCAGCUGCAAACUCAGCCGUCACGCCGUGAAGAAAGGCUCCGGACUCAAAAAGUGCACAAAUCAGGAGCGAAUAGGAAAGGACUCACAUUAUGAGCAGGAGGGAAAGGUGCAGUUUGUCAUUGAUGCAGUCUAUGCAAUGGCUCACGCUUUGCACAACAUGCACCAAGAACUCUGCCCCGGGAGAGUGGGCCUCUGCGACAAAAUGGACUCCAUCAAUGGCACCUACCUGCUUAAGCACAUUCGCCGGCUGAAUUUUGCAGGCAUAGCUGGCAACCCAGUGCUCUUCAACGAGAACGGAGAUGCCCCUGGACGCUACGAGAUCUACCAGUAUCAGAUCAAAAACCGAACAGCUGAAUAUAAAAUCAUCGGCCACUGGACAGACCAACUCCACCUAAAUGUGCGUUCGAUGCAGUGGCCCGGUGGCAUCCGUCAGAUCCCUUCCUCAAUCUGCAGCCAGCCCUGUCAGCCAGGCGAGCGCAAGAAGAUAGUGAAGGGCAUUCCUUGCUGUUGGCACUGCGAGCGCUGUGAUGGCUAUCAGUAUCAGGCAGACACCUACACGUGUAAGAUGUGUCACUUCAAUAUGCGGCCUAAUGACAAUCACACAGGCUGCGUUCCAACUCCCAUUGUGAAGCUGGAGUGGAGCUCCCCGUGGGCAGUUAUCCCUGUGCUUAUCGCAGUCCUUGGCAUCAUGGCCACAUUGUUUGUGGUGGUCACGUUCAUCCGCUACAACGACACACCAAUUGUGAAGGCAUCAGGGAGAGAGCUGAGCUACGUGCUGCUAACUGGAAUUUUCCUCUGUUACGCCACAACCUUCCUGAUGAUUUCCUCCCCGGAUGUAGGAAUCUGUUCGCUUCGAAGGAUCUUCUUGGGUCUCGGGAUGAGCAUUAGUUAUGCUGCCCUGCUCACCAAAACCAAUCGAAUAUACCGCAUCUUCGAGCAGGGCACCAUGUCUUUGAGCGCGCCCAGGUUCAUAUCUCCUGCCUCCCAGCUCGUCAUCACCUUCACCCUGGCCUCGGUGCAGCUACUCGGGGUGUGCAUUUGGUUUAGCGUGAACACUUCCAAGGCCGUUAUCGACUAUGAGGACCAGAGGAUGUCCAACCCUGCGAUGGCUCGAGGAGUGCUCAAGUGUGACAUCUCUGACUUGUCUCUCAUCUGUUUGCUGGGCUACAGCAUGCUGCUCAUGGUCACAUGCACGGUUUAUGCCAUCAAAACAAGGGGGGUGCCGGAGACUUUCAACGAGGCCAAACCCAUUGGUUUCACCAUGUACACAACCUGCAUCAUUUGGCUUGCAUUUAUCCCAAUCUUCUUUGGCACUUCACAGUCCACAGAUAAGAUGUACAUCCAAACAACCACGCUAACCAUCUCCGUGAGCCUGAGCGCUUCGGUAAUCCUCGGGCUGCUCUACAUGCCUAAGGUCUACGUGAUUCUUUUACACCCUGAGCAGAACGUGCCGAAGCGCACACGGAGCCUUAAGGCUGUGGUUACCGCCGCCACCAUGUCCAACAAGUUCAACCCUAAAGCCGGACUCAGACCCAACGGAGAGGCCAAGACCGAACUGUGUGAAAGCCUCGAAACACAAUCCUUCUCCACAAAGCAAACCUACAUCAGCUACAGCAACCAUGCAAUCUAAGGGACCAAGGUUCUUAUCGCAAUUCAGGAUUUCCACCCCAGGAGUGGGAGGGAAGGAAAAAUAAAUAAAACGUGCAGUGGAAUUUCACACAGUUGGAAAAAAAAGGAGAUUUGUCGUUGUGCGGGUGGAGAUCACAGAAGCAUCGCCCAAAGACGUGACAUGCUGAGGAGAAACCACAAAGGAAGGCAGAGACGGACGAAAGAGACGACCUGAACAGAAAACUGUACCAUUUUAAAGAUUUCAUCUUCUGUCAAACAGCAACACACACACACACACACACACACACACACACACACACACACACACACACACACACACACACACACACACACACACACUGGAGGAUGGAGCUUUCCUUUGGAGUGUUUACGUUUCUGCAUCGCCGUCUUUACAAGAACCUCAGAGAUCUCGAGCAGCUCUGCCUGGAACUGAAACCAAAUCAAAAAUAUGUUCAGGCCUUUUUAAUGUUAUCUCAAAACACUUAAAAGGCCCCGCGGGAAUUGUUGAAUGGAAAAAAAGGCAUGAAAAUACGGAUUUCUAGCAGGAGCUUGUGUUCGUUUUUAUUUUCAAUGCAUUCCGGUCUCACGAGUCAGCCGACUGAAAAAGGUGAUCAUCCCAACAAUGCAGCAGAUGCGGACCUGACCACACGCUUCCCGUCCUCCGCCAGGUUCUCUCUGAGUAUCAAACGACCAAACUUACAGAACAGGAUCUUUGCCAAUUUUCAGCAUGCCAGUUUCAACAUCCUGUGUUGUGUUGUUUAAAAAAUAUAAUAAAAAAGGAAAAAAUAUUAUCUUUGGAAUGCGUUUAAAAUCUGUUGCAGCGUCGUUAACAAUUGUUUAGGCACGAGCCUACUGUUCGUUGAAAAAAAUCUGUUUUUUUUAUUGGUGAAGGUCUAGUGAGUGAUUGUUUCUCUGUGCUUAGGUGAGAUCAUGAUUUUGUACCAACAGCUAGCCGACGGCUGCCACUGCCCUCCUCAUACCUGUCUGUGCUCUGAAACAGCAGCUCAUGGUUAAACAGCGUUUAGCCAGGAGAUCUCACGGUGAGCUGUCAUCCAGGAUGACCCUCUCAUCACUGCCAUCAGCUACUCUCUUGGUCAUGCGAGCAAAGUGUAAGGUCGAAGCUUAGCCGUACAGAUCCAUUAGCAUGGGAAUUAAGAUGAAGGAUGCCCUUGGGAGGAUGGUGCAGCUCGUCCUGGAGCGAUAUCCGUAACGGCCUGGCCUCCUCUACAGGCACUCUCUUGAUAAGGAAGCAUAAGGAAGCUGUAAAGCUUUUCAACAAAUGAACAUCUAAUUGCAAAAAUACUAUAUCUCUAUCAAUCACCCUGAGCUUGCUGAACAGCUUAAUGUUUGGCUUCCUGCAGUAUAAAAGCGCUCUGACGUCUCGGGGAGAAAGACGCGCUGUGGGGUCAUCUGUGUUGUGAAUUCAGUGCCGCUUUUCCCGCCUCCCUGUCUUAAUUUCAACACCAUUUGUGUUGCAGAAUAAAAUGUGAGUGCUGACCAAAUUAAAUGGCAAGUUAAUGUAUGUUAUUAAAUAGAGUGAUGAUGUCUGCUUUAUGUCCCGACAUAUCCUAAAAUCGAGGAAAAUGUUCAAAAAGAUACAGUGCCUGGCUAUCUGAAUACGUAUUUGUAAAACCUCAUGACAACUAAUGAAAUGUGUGAAGCAUGUUUAAUUUUUUAUACAAAAUUUAUUAUUUCUAUUAAAAAAGUUUCCAAACUUG